CGAAGAGUGUAGGGCUCUUUUGUUCGGUUGAGGGGGAGGAGGGCGGUCGGUUAGGCCUACGGUACGCCGCUUCAGUGCGGGGCUCCGGCGCGGCCACUCCGCUGGUGGCUUUCCUGGGUGCCACUCCCUCUGUCCUCCCUACGCGACGCGCUAGCGAGCGCGGCCCCGAUUCUCCAGGGACGCGGGCGCUGCUGAGAGCAGCGUCACCCUUUACACUACAAAGCUGGCGGGCACUAUGGGGAAGAAACAAAACAAGAAGAAAGUGGAGGAAGUGCUUGAAGAAGAGGAAGAGGAAUAUGUGGUGGAAAAAGUUCUUGAUCGACGAGUUGUCAAGGGAAAAGUAGAAUAUCUUCUAAAGUGGAAGGGUUUUUCAGAUGAGGACAAUACGUGGGAGCCAGAAGAGAACCUGGAUUGCCCUGACCUGAUUGCUGAGUUUCUACAGUCACAGAAAACAGCACAUGAGACAGAUAAAUCAGAGGGAGGCAAGCGAAAAGCCGACUCUGAUUCUGAAGAUAAGGGAGAGGAGAGCAAACCAAAGAAGAAAAAAGAAGAGUCAGAAAAGCCACGAGGCUUUGCCCGAGGUUUGGAGCCAGAGCGGAUUAUUGGAGCUACAGACUCCAGUGGAGAGCUCAUGUUCCUGAUGAAAUGGAAAAACUCUGAUGAGGCUGACCUGGUCCCUGCCAAGGAAGCCAAUGUCAAGUGCCCACAGGUUGUCAUAUCCUUCUAUGAGGAAAGGCUGACGUGGCAUUCCUACCCCUCAGAGGAUGAUGACAAAAAAGACGACAAGAAUUAACUCUCUUGAGUAUCAGCCCCUGUCACCUCUUGACUGUGGGCUUCAAGGGGGGAGGGAAGGAAUUCUACUUGUCUUCACACCAUAAAGGUGGCUUGAGAAGAUGUCCUUUGAAGAGCCAGCAUAGUUUCUGUGCCCUGCAACAGCCCAAGUGCUUUAAAGCUGUUCCAAGCUGUGUAGUUUGUACGCCCAUCCCAGUGGAGGGGAAAGGGUAAGUGUUUCAAGGCAACCCAUUCUGCACUUUGCUGAGAAAGGCAAAGGGCCUUCUAUGAAGGACAAAACCUGCAGAACUGGGUGUGUGGGAGAGCAAAAAAGAUACUGUGGAUCUUCAGAGAGCAUCUCCACAACCCACAGCCUUCUUCCCAAUAGUGUUCACUGCAUUUUUACAGAGUAGCAUGUGUGUAGUUUUUGGCUAUUACUGGUGUAUUAAUGGGGGUGGGGGGACAGGGAGGAGAUGGACAGGACGAUUGUGGUUAAAAUUAGGGGCCUGAUUGGGGAAAUGGUGAAGCAAUGGAAAGAACAGCUAACUGAUGAUUUGGUUCUAGGUUCAGAAUACUUUACCUUUUCAAAAUAUUUCCUUGGCACCAGAAAGGUGGACAGUGGAGACUGCUUCAAACCUGUGACGUUUCCUUCCUGAGCAUCAUGUUGCCCAUAAAGGAGAAAGCCAGUUCCUACAUUAACCAAAGCUAACAUUUUUAAAGAUGGAAACUGAAGCAGGAAAAGUUUUAAUUGGAGAGUAUAUUCAGGCAGAUCAUUUUGCCUCAGAGGUGCUAAUAUUGAAGUUAGGAGGGGAAAACAGAAAGACCCUUCAUUUCCAAUCAUGGAGUUAUAAAUAGCAGUUUUUAAACCACUGGCUGAAGCAUUGUGGGAAGGGCGGAGGGUGGCACAGGAGAUAGGAAAACACUUGGAGCCUGUUUUUUUUCAACUUUGAACUCUGAAACUUAGUGGCAGGGUUCAGUAACUAACAGCACAAAUUUCAUUGAGUCAAUUCAAGGGUUGAAUACUUCAAAAAGCCCUGGUCUCAGGAGACAAAUAGUUUUCAUAUUGGGGUAUAGAUUGACUUGAAAACACAAAAUAAAACCUAAAGAUUAACAUACCCAAAAUGCUCUGUCUUGAAUCAUAAGACCCAUCAAUUCUUGGUAUUGUCUAGACCUACAUCUAGAGCUACAUUGUUAAAUCACUUUAGGCAUGUGUUAGAUGUCUGAAAAUUUUGUUUAAAUGUAAACUUCAUACCAUACUGUCAGUUUUUGUCUUAAUAAAACUAUAGAUUUAUAA